UGUCAUUAGCACGCUUCGUAUUUUCGCGCUUGGUUAGGCUACUGUGAGUUUCCUUUAGCUGCCGAUAGGGUCGCUGUAGUCGCGUAGCAUUACCUCUUGGAAAAUUGGCGGAUACACUUUGAACAAACGCUUUUCACAAUAUUUCAAACAACACGGAGAUUAGGCUAAAACGGAGCAAAGAUUGUCAAGAAUGGAUUACGAAAGGAAGUCUCGAACUUUUACAUGCUCUUCGAUAUUUAACCUCGAAGUAAUGGCCGGUUUUGUGGGCCAAGCGUGCGACUUAAAUUUCACUGGUAAUAUUAGACCGUAGACAUUUCAUAGAAUUGAUGUUACGUAGAGUCUGAUAGAGGAGCUCCACGAAGUAUUUCGGCUAGUUGGAACAUCAAUGAUUCCAUGUGCUCUAUUAUAGCGUAUGCAGGCGAUAAUGUGUUGAGGCCGGACACGUAGGACGGUGGGUGGCUGUAGAAGAGCAUAAAGUGUCCGAGAUUUCUUCUGUGUCAGUUCGCCGUGAGAGUUCUUGCACAAGGAAGAUAACGCUACGGCGGAAAACGUUUGUACGAGAGACAUGGCCUCUGUCUCUUUUUCAGUGCCGUCAAAAGCGAAGGAUGCACAUCGUUAACCACAUCAACAACAAAACUUGACCAAUAAAAAUAUAUUCCCAGAAAAAGCGAAGCUUCUAAACAAACAAGUGUGAACCCGCGAUCUACGGUACUGUCGCUCCGAAGUGGGGACGCCACUCGUAGUAGGGGCGAUAGGAGAAGGAACGACGAGGAGGGGAACGAGGAUUACAGUGAACGUGGUUUAGGCGAGGGCGAUUUCUCGAGGUAGUCAAACCACGACCGUAGAUGCAGUGACACGAGUGGCGGCGUAUAGUGUGUUCCGUAUACCCGCCAUCGGGGUCCUUUUAAACACGUUAGCAGCCACCACAAUACAAGAAACUACAGUGUGGCAUUGUGGAUCUCCGAUACGUAUAAAAAUAAAGAAACCACAGUGUCCCUCGGAUGACGUUCAUUAAACGAAGUAAGAAAAGUCAGUGAAAUCUUCGGCCUGAAGACUGAAGUACAAAACUCUUUGAUACCAUAACAUAAGAUAUUAAUGGGCCUGUACGUUCAUCGGGCAUAAACUUGUACACAGCUAGACACAACUUUAAUAGGAUAACACGCGACUUUUUUUUUUAAUAGCAUAAAUGCAAUUAGGCCGGCAGAAAGUACGUACGCGGACGUUAGUCCCUGCUGUUGUGUAUGAAGUGUAUACAGAAGUGGAGAAGGUCCGGAGCGCUCGGUAGUGCAUUACCAGUCUGGCGUAACCUUUGAAGUUCGGUAGUGAAGUGACGACGAUAUAACCGAGCGCCAGAGAAAAUAUACAAGAGCAUAAGCCUGUAAACGCUCGCGAUCCAAUAAUAACGAUAAUUACGAGGGAGCCGUGAGAGCAACGAGAGCAAUAACAACCCAACAAAAUAACGGCAACAUUAACAGGCUUCCCUGUCUCACCUACCUCAGGGUAAAAGUGAGUAGCGAGUGAGUGAGUUAGUGAGGAAGUGAAGAAAAACAAAAAAAAAACAAGGGGGACCACUCGGGAAGUGUGCGUGUUUACGCAUGAGGACCCCAUGGCUACCGGAUUGGUGAAGUGGUGGCGAGCGAGGUUCCUUGCAGGCUACAAGCCCUUUUCUGUUGUCGGAGGUGGGGCAGAGGGUAGCGAUGCCGAGGAACUUUUGGCAAGCGUCGCGACGCCUUGUAACAGUUCACCACCGCCGCCGCCGCCUCUCCUUACACCGCCGGAAUCGCCAGUCACACUCAAUACUCCAAACAGUCCGACGCCACCGGCUGCCAACGACGAGCAGGCAAAUUCAAAUGCUACCAGGCAACUCAGUUUCGAGGAAUUCGAAUGCGACGUCUCGGUGGCUGAAGGCGAUAGACGGAGACAGGAGUUUUCUUUUACCCUCUACGACUUUGAUGGUCAUGGGAAGAUAACGAAGGAUGAUAUAGCCGGGCUGGUCACCACGAUCUACGACACGCUGGGUGCCUCCAUUCAAGUGCCGCCCUGCGGCAGUAAAACGAUUAAAGUCAAGCUGACCGUAUCUCCUGACCAGCGCGCCACUCAGGCUCACGCAACGCCUCAAACAAAUCCCCCGAAUCAAGGACCGAGCCAGGCUUCGAAUUCGCCCUCUUGCUGCCACGUGAAGCACGUCACGUCCUGUAGCCACGGGACGCACGGAACCCACGGGACUCACGCGUCGCGACGUCUUCCACGGCGAAGACGAGCCCCACGGCAUCGCUGUAAGUCGGAGCACGCGGCCGACAGCCACAGCGAGGACGAUGCUGAGAACGUGCCGACGAGUCAGUCGAAGCAGGAGGAAUUGAGGAGGAGGGUAGGACCGGUGCCGCAUCUUCAGGCGCCCUACUCGAACAGCUCAGAGGGUGACGUGAGCGACGACAGCGACGCUACUCCAUCCCUUACACCCUUGACACCUCUCACACCCCUUGUGACGAACCAGCGUAAGCGCAGCGGGGCCAUGCAGAGGCAGCAGCUGCUCGAAAUCAUCCAGGCUAACAUGGAAAAGAAUAAUCUCAGUUUUCACGCAUCUAGGAAACGACAUCAGACCGAGCAGCCACGCAUUCCUCUUAGAAGCCCCUACACGGAACCUUCGAGUCCCUGCGUCCAAAGGUGCAGACCACCGCCGGCAGUAAGACAUCCAACGACCUACCACAAACCAGUACGGGAAAACACACAUCAUCAUCCCUCCUCGUUGCCUAAAGUACCCGGGAAAUCCCGAGGGAACGUUCGCAAGCCACGUGGACAUCUAGCUCCUCCUACGAACACACCGACUCAUCCGAUGCGCAAUCAUCAUCAUCCUCAACCACCUCGCGUACCACCUCGCUUAGCGCACCCGCCACCCACCCAGAACGUAGUCACUCCCAUGGCCAAUGAUAAUCCUCAGCCGACGGCAAACGUCGAGCGAGCCUCGAAUGGCACGAACAAUCAGCAGCAACGCACCGAGAACAGCCAGCACGUCCAGUCCCAGCAGAGCGGCAAGGGAGCCAAGAAGCACCAGCUCAAACACGCAACAAGAGAACAGGACCAGGCCAGAGCCAUGGCGCAGGUCGUUCGCUGGCUGGAACGUGAAUUCUCACAAGGAACGGCAGCCGCUGCUGCUGCUGCCGGCCGUAGACACGUUCACGAGCACAUUCAUCAUCACUAUCAUCACUAUCAUGCCGAAGCUCUUGUAUAGGGCUUGCAUCUCUUUACACUCCUUGGCGCAAUCCUAUUUGCGCUUCUACCGCUCUGUCGCCAAUCUUUCUUUCUUAUACAUUUUCAUCUCCGCCGUACAUAACGCGUGAGGAAAUCAUUGUACAUAUAUACCAUGGUGUAUACCUAGGUGGAUCUGAAAGGAACAUUUUUUUACGGUUCUGCGCUCUGUGCUAACGAUCAAUUGCGUCAUUCUUUAUACACAUAUAUACGUAACCUAUUAUUGAAAAAGGCCUAGGUCAGAUAGGCGGUCAGUGCCUGUGCCCGACUGUGAGCUUAAACGACCAAGAGAAAUAUAUAUAUAUAUAUAUAUAUAUA